AUGCCAUUUUUUUGUUUCUUUUCUGUCCCAUCUUUUGCAUCUUUGCCUCCACACUUUCAUGUUCCUCUCACUGAUGUCCUUCCUUCCUUCCUUCCUUCCUUCCUUCCUUCCUUCCUUCCUCAACCUUUUUUUUUCCGCUCAUUACCUCUAACUCCGAAACCUCCGAUUUCCGUCCUCUUAUCAUUCCGAUAUUUUUAUUUUCAUUCUGAUGUGUUUCUCAGUUUAAUUUUUCUUUUGCAUGUCACUAUAUUCAAUAUCAUUGCGCCCCCCUCUCUCUCUCUGUCUCCAUCAUUUAAAGCUUUAUUACCCUUAGACCCUUUAACCUUAGAACAUUCCUCUUUAUUCUCUUUUCAUUCUCUUCUGAUUCCCUGUCUUUUUUCCGACAUCUUCCAUGAUUCCGUCACCAUUUCUUCUCUCCCCUGUCGUUCCCCAGCCUUACCCACCGACGUUCUUCAUCCCUACCCAUCUCUUCUUGUCUCUCUUCCUUUUAUGACCAUACCAGCUGCUGCAAGUCCCACACCCUAUCGUUUAGCGCUCUUUCUCACCGCCAUCGCCGCCUUCCGUCGUCCGGUAAUCCGUAGUCACAGCCCGAUUAGCGCUAUCCGACCGGCUGGACAUUGCCGUGCUCGUAGAAGAGGGCCCAGAGCCAGCGGCAUCUCUUCGGCAACAAAUGCCAAUCAUGCGGAACUACCAUUUUCACAUAACGCACGCUUUGAUUCGACGCAGUUACUAGCGGCUCAACAAUCCGGCCCAUCAUUUUUCUUUAUUCCUUUAUUCAACUUUCUUUAUUCACGGCCAAUACACAUUUUCAUUCUUUUGCAAGAUUGUCUGGAGUUUCUCCAAGGCGAGCCUUCUCGUUUAUUGAAUAUUUAUUUCACACCUAGUCGUGAAUUUCUUUUCUUGAAUUGUCAUUUAUUGAGCUUCAUUCUUGUGAUCUCCCUACAUUUUCAUCGCGUUAUUCUUCUUUUCUUCUUCAUAAUCAAAUACGCCUUCUCCAUUUUGUUUUUGUUUCCCGCCAUUUGCGUGAACAUUCGCUACCUUCUUCUUCCACUUCACGUUUCUCUUCUUUAUCCCUCCCUGGUCAUGUUCGUUCUUCUUCUUCUUCUUCUUCUUCUUCUUCUUCUUCUUCUUCUUCUUCUUCUUCUUCUUCUUCUUCUUCACUGCAGUGACAGGAAUAUUCUCUUUCUGUUCCUAGCUUAUUUCACCCUUUUCUUUUCUUUUUUUUUUAUCGUUCUAUCCACGCGAUCAUUCGCCAUCCACCCGUUAGCUCUCCAUUUUCUUCAACUCCUUCCCCUUUGCAUCAUUAACAUCAUUUUUCCUUUCCAUCGCCAUUUUUUUCUGAACAAUCUCCGUUUAAUUUCUUUCUUUCUAUUUUGGUUCACAUCGCCCCGUUUACGUGACCAUCCUCCAUUUCCUUCCUUUCUUUUUACAUAUAUCCUUGUCAACCCGGUCCACGUGAUCAUUAAGGCUUUCCUUCUUUUGCUUCUAAUUUUUUUUCUCACUGUCCCGCUUACAUAUAAUCAUUCGCUAUUUUCUUCUGCUCUCUCUCUCUCUCUCUUCGCCUGCUUUCUGUUAGUUCUUUCACCUUCACCUCCAUCUAAUAUAAUCUACAUCUUCAUUAUAUAUCAAUAUCUAUCUACAGUUUUGUUAUUUGAAAGUCUGUACAAAAAAUUAUCUAUCUAUUCUAUCUAUCUAUCUAUCUAUCUAUCUAUCUAUAAAUAA